AUGAACCGAAGGCAAGAACAACCCUCCGAAAAUUCAUGGAGUCGAAUAGAAGUCAGAAAACCGAAGAAAAUGUCAAACAACAACCUUGAUGCGUCGGGAAGUGCAGAGCCGAGUGAAGGAAGCCUACCUUCUACUCCUUCGUCACCAACUGUUCCAACUGUAGCGCAUAAAUCACCUACAAGAAACAAUGUGUCCACAGCGCACAAACUCCCACCAACAUUCUUGUCUAAUUCUCAAGUAUCUGGGCAGGUACCAUUAUCAACAACACAUCCCACUGUGAAAGCUCCCCCAUCUCCCAUGGACCAUUUCCCCUUAACCCCCCUCCAUGCUUGCCAGAAAACCCUCCGCACAAUGCAAAGAUACCACUUUUCGUACAAGUACCAACAUCACCCAAAUGUACCACAGUUGUGGCAGAAACUACCAACAAUAGACCAUGAGGACUAAGUCCUAAUUCCCCAACAAAGACGUUACUCUCGAUACACCCAGCCUCACAAACAAGAGUAUCAGAUUAUGAAGACCGCACCAAAGCUAUUUCAACACUGCCCAAAACUGCAGCAAAUAAAUUUGGGAAAUUCACGACUAUGGUGUUGCAGUUUCUGGUUACGAUAGUAACUCUCGGAGGUUUGUCUUUCAUUUUUGUUGUAUUGCUCGGGGUGGGAGGAGUGGGGCAACCCCCUCUCCCAAUAAAAUGAAAAUCUUGAAAAUCUUUGAAAUGAUAACUGAAUAAUUGUGCAACAAAGCUGAAACAAUCAUUUCAACCAUGAAAGCAUUGGUAGGCUAUAAAUUAAGCUAUAUAUUGCGUGAAAUUUAGGGCCAGAAACUUAGUUGAAAGAACUAAGAUUUCCAGCUGCAUACAAAAGGUGGUCAUAUGUUGGUAUCCUAAAUGUCCUUCCCCAAUAUUUCACAAAAUGUCUGCCGCUGGCCUCUUUAAAUUAAUUGCUACUGAAUAAUAAGGCUCACUUAGACUUGGAGAUUUGAGAAAUAAAAUUUGCCAUCUGAAAAGGCCAUGGUAAAAUUUUGAAAUAAGUAAAGGUUACCGUACAUAAAUCCGAUCAGGAAACAAUCAUGCAAAAUAAAGUUGCAAUAGGUUGCCGGUUUUGAUAACACAUAUCCCUGAAUUUUUAUUUUGUUUUUCCUUUAGGCAUGUUUGAGGCUGGCAUUCCAAAGUGUUCAUAAUAUGGAAUGCUUAAAGUAUCAACCAUUAAA